UAACAAGCUUAUAGUUGAGUCACAAGAGGUGGCCGGUAUUUUUACCAUAUAAAUUACCCCUCUAUACAAGCCCCUCCAUCGGUCCCUCCAAGAAUUUUUGCCGAUUUAGGUAGGGAUCGAGGUGCCUAGAUAAUUAACCCACUUAGCCCAUGGGUCCACUAAAAUUUUCAGUCGCCAGUUUCUUAUCGCAUAUCCAAUUCCUCAACUUUCACGAUUAAACAAAUCUUUAACUUCUAGCAUCAGAUAUCUUGGUCCUUGCCUCUUUACCAUGACAAUUCAGUCCUGAAACUAGAUUUAGGAAAGAGAAACAAUGGGUCCACAAAGAUCAUCUACUUCCCUGUCUAAAAAGACAGGGAACAAACUCCACCGCCAAUCGUUAUACGUCAAGCAAAAGAGAGAGCGCGAAAAGGAAAAGCGUGAAGCUCGUUUUCGACGGAAGAAGGAAGAAGACCAGGAGCCCGAACUUCGAAGACAACGAGUUGCGCGGAAUAUACCAGCGACAAUCGACCGAAAACGAGUCUGGGACGACGUGGACGACGAUGGGUUGGGCGCAAGUGUUGACAUGGAGCAAUUGCUCAAGAAACGACGCUUACAACAAGAGGAAGCUGAAGAGAAACAAGCCGCCGAAGCAGAAAAUGGUGAUGAGUCCGAGGAAGAUGACGACGAAGCGGAUAGUAUGUUAGGCUCAGACGAUGACGAGGAGGACGAAUCCGACGAAGAAGCAGCUGCAAAAGCUCGCGCAAAGCAAGUAAUUCGAGAUGAUAGUCUUGCGCCUUCGACCACUUCGACAAAUCUUGAUCUUACGCCAGAAUCAUUAGUAGCCAAAUUUCCAUCGCUAUUUUCAGACGAUGGGCCAGCUGUGCCUCAACUCUUACUUACCACAACCCUCAACUCGACUCUUCACGACCAAGCAAGAUUACUCUGUACCUUAUUCCCAAAUUGCACGUAUAUACCACGAUCGGCGCAUAAGUAUGGACAUAAAUACAGUGUGAGGGAGAUUUGCAAAUUCGCAGGGAACAGGGGUUACAGCGCCGUCAUGAUUCUCCGAGAAGACCAAAAGAGGCCAAUUGGCUUAGAUAUCGUGCAUCUGCCUUUAGGACCGACAUUCCACUUUAGCAUCUCGAACUGGGUCGAAGGAAAGAAGUUGCCGGGUCACGGUAACCCAACAAACCACUAUCCGGAACUUUUACUUAAUAAUUUCAAGACGCCAUUAGGUGUUCUUACCGCAAAAUUGUUCCAAACGCUGUGGCCUAAGACACCGGAGUUACAAGGUCGCCAAGUGGUUACACUACAUAAUCAACGUGAUUACAUAUUCUUGCGUCGGCACAGGUACGUCUUCCGAGACAAGAGAGCUACAGAAAAAUGUGUGGUGGGCGCAGACGGAAAGGAGCUGAAGGGGGUGGAAAGUAUUCGUGCAGGCCUCCAAGAACUAGGACCUAGGGCGACUCUAAAGCUGAGGCGCAUUGACAAAGGAAUCGGUCGAGCCGGAAGUGAAGGAGACGAUGCUGUGCAAUGGGAAUGGAAAGCAAAGAUGGAAAAGCAACGAACCAGGUUCAACCUAUGACCAUGCAUAUGUUUUUUUUCUUGUCCAUAUCAAGCCACAGACCUCAACAUACCCCAAUGUUGACUCCAUUUUCGGUCUUGCCGGUACCUAGCCUUAGUUACAUGUAUACCUAGGUACCUAUGCACCUAUGAUUUGAAUUUACGUACCUGAUUUUAAGGUACAUACCCGCCCACAUUAUUGGGUGGAUUAGUGGAUUAUGUACCUAUCACGGAGGAUCGGCGUCUAACAGAUAAGCUAGAUAGGUACCCGUGGACCUAUAACGUUUCGCUGGCACGUCGCGGGGGGACCAACCACUUGUCC